GGCCCCACCGCGCCCCGCCAUCGCGGCCCAGGGCCGCCUCGUCCCGAGCCCUGCGCGCGGCGGUGGAUGGAGCCCUGCAGGCCGGCUCCGCGUGGACUUGAGGUUCGGGCCACAGCCAGGACGGCGUUUCUAGGGCCAGGACAUGAAGGUCGCGGUGUUGGACCUUGGGUCUCUCUUUGCCAAAAUCUUCAAGACCUCGACGGCGCCGCCUGCGGCCCCCUCGCCGGUCACCUCCUCCAGCCCCUCGCGAGGCGCUGCUGCCGCGGGCUCCCGCCCCGGCACCUCGCUCAGCGCGGCCCGGACCUUGACCGUUCUCCCGGCCCUGGCCCCCGACUCCCCGUCCAGCUCUCGGGGGCCCUCGGUCCUGCUGCAGCCAACGCCCGCCACGCUCCAUCCCCUGCUUGCCGCCCCCUACGCCCGAGUCUCCGUCGCCGGCCGCCCGGCACAGGCGGUGGGGACUCCUGCUUCGCUGCCCAGUAGCCCGGGAGCAGCCAGAGUCCGGUCCUCGCCCCCGCCCCUGCCCUUGGCUCUGCCGCCCGCCCCCUCCAGCGGCGGUCCUAGCUCGGCAUGCUCCCCCGCCCACCUGGUGGUCGUGGCGCGGCCGCCCCCGGGCCCCGGCGCGGUCUGGGAGGCGUAUCCGUCCAUCGGGGGCUCGGCGGGCAGCAGCAGCAGCAGUGUGACCGCGAGCCCGCGGAACCCUCGCCUCCCCGGCCCCAGGGAGAGAGAGCCCAGCGCUCGGGUGCCCCCUGGGCCUGGCCCCGGCCCCGGCCCCAAGACCCUGUUCUUCGCUUUGCCGGACAUCGGCGAGGAGUGGGCCUCGGACAGCGACUCGGAGGACGGCCGGCGAGGAAGAGGACUGUCAGAAGGAUCUGGAAAGCAGAAUUUUGCUGUGAAAAGCAAAGAUCCUUUACCUACCCAUUUUACAAAAAAUGUACAGAAAGCCAUUGCUAAAUAUAGCCGGGAAUCUGGGUCAUCAUUUUCAUCAAGUGGGAGCCCCACGCCUACAGAAGCCCCCAACUCCUGGUCUGGGUCUGGGACACAGAGUUCAACCACUGGUUUAUCUACGGAGAGGAGUUCCAUUUACUCCUGGAGAGAUGAUGAGUUUGACAAAGCCAGUGCACAGAAAGUGCAGCAGUUGUUCUGGGAGGUCGAGGAAAUGUUGUUUGAAGGGAAAGUAAGCCCUCAGACCCAGAAUCUCCAGGCUGAGUGCUGUGAAUGGGCGGGCAGGUCCCUGCAUCUGAGAGUAUUAGGAAGACAGCUCAUCCCGCCCGCUGAUGAAGGAGUUGAGCAUCUCCAGAGCAGCGGGCCUGCCUCUGCCAUCCACGGACCCUUCCUUGACGACUGUGGACACAGCAGCAACAUCAGAGAGCUGUGCAUCUCCGGCUCACAGAUAAUCCCGGCCGUGCUCUCAGCCCCCUCCCUGCUGGGUCCUAAUGGUACCAGGGCUGUGGACCUCAUGGCACGUUCCUCUCUGGAAGAAGAGGUUUUCGAUGUGGAUGGAAAGAUUGAAGAGUAUUUUGCUUUUGACAGAAAACAAGAUGACGAGGACUGUCUCGAACAAAAACCAGCUCGUCGUCGCGGGACGUGGCCUAAGCGCGGACUUCCUCCCGUGUCGCCGCACGCCUGUAUCAGAGCCGCGGUGGCUGCCGAAGUGUUUGACCACGUCUGGACGAAUGUGGUGGAGGUGUUGGAAAAGCUGACCAGAAAAAACUGGGAAAUUACCCUUACAGAAGGAAAAAAACAGAAAGAAAAAUUGAAAGUAGCUGAGAGUAAAUCUCCACCCACAGUCAUUUCCCGUAUUAACGCUGAUGUGUCCAGUGUUCCGCCAUCCAGAAGUUCAGAAACUCGAAGUGUAUCCCUGGCUUCUCAUCUUAACCCACCUCAGAUACAUCGCUUCUCCAACAAUUUUUAUAGUGACUUGAAUGGUGUGAUGACAAUUCAAGCAAAACCACUUCAGCAGAGACCUACCUAUUUUGCAGAUAGAACACAGAGUGAGCAGGAGGACAAAUCACUGGGUGUAGGAUCCACUGUUCUUUCCUCAGCCCCGAACCGUCUGGCCCGGAUCACGGAUGCUCGUGGACCACAGACCUCCGCAAAGAAAACACUGGCACACAGGAGGCUGCCUUCUCUUACCUCAGACUCCCAGAGACUAAAAAUCCCCAGUGUGUACAGUGAUGAAGUUCUUAGGGGGACAAAACUGCAAACUGGCAUGGACCGCGUGGGCUCCCCAUCGACUCAAACCUCACGGAGUAGGUUGCCCCCGAUAGGCUCAGAGACUGGAGAGCACCACGUGGCAGGUCCCGGAUCGCGCCCUGUUUCCCUCAGAGGAAGACAGCUACAAAACCAUGGGUUGAGUGCACUGCCUGAUGGUGUAGAACGGUCACCUCUUCGAGAAAGAUCUCUAACGAUGGAGCAGUUUUCAAGGCCCAGCACCACCCAUACAUUUCGGUCAGAUACACCUCGAAAAGGUUCAUUGACACUGAUGGAAUUUGCUGGGCACAUGUGGACAGGUCAAGGCUUUUUAACAGGUUCACAGCAUCCACCUAAAUCUUUUCAGAGGACAACACUGACUUUAAGAAAGAGAUUCCAAGUGGCCUCCUGAUGUGACGUCACCAGAACUACAACCCAUCUGAAGCAUGCAAAGCCUCAGCACACCAUUUAUCACUUGAAAAAUGGAAGAAGUAUUAUGUUAUGUAUCUGACAGUCCAAGAUGUUAGACUGCCUGAGAGAAAUGCAAACAAAUAAACAAUUUAAUUUUGAACACUU